AUGAAGGUCAGGAACUCGGAAGCAUCUGCUGGGUCCGUCAUGUCUGCCGGAGAAGCCAAAGAGGCCGCAAUGGAGUCCCCCAAUGCCCAGUUGCUCCAUCUUGAGCAGAGGAUGGUGGCGGCCGAGCAGAAGUGGAUGGGCUGUGAGAAAGCCGUGAUGGAAAUGGGGAGCCAGCUGGAGAGCAAGCUGGCCGUGUUGGGGACCAUCUUAGAGGAGAAUAGCGUGUUGCAGCGGAGGUUGGAGAACCUCGAGAGCCUACUGAAGAACCGGAACUUCUGGAUCUUGCGAUUUCCUCCGGGAUUUAAAGGAGAAAUCCCCAAGGUGCCCUUGAACUUCAGUGACGCUUCAGUCCAUUUCAACGAGGAGGAAUGGAGGAACUUAGAAGAAUGGCAGAGAGAGCUUUAUCGAACCGUCAUGAGGAGCAACUAUGACAUGCUGGUCUCGCUGGAUAAUGCCAUUUCCAAGCCUGAUAUCCUAUCCCAGAUGGAACAAGGGGAGGAAGUGCGCAUGGAGGAUUCAGAAGUCUUGGAGAACAGGGAGGUACCUAAAGAUCCCAGCUGCACAGCUUCCCCCGUGGAUGUGGCAGAGGUUUCUUCUGGAGAGGGAGAGGUGGAGGAAGAAACUAACCCGUUUGUUGAUGUAGCAGAUGCUUCUUCCGGGGAUGGAGAAGCCGAGGAAGAAACCAACCUGUUUGUUGAUGUAGCAGAUGCUUCUUCCGGAGAUGGAGAAGCUGAGGAAGAAAGUAAUCUGUUUGUUGAGCAAGAGAAUUGCUAUGAAAUGAGCUUCAUUGAUAGUGCUGGCCUCGAAUAUCAGAUUGUUCGACAUAAUAUUAAGGAAGAAAAAGAAGAACUGCACAUUAAAGAGGAACCAUGGUCUCCUGGAAGCCCUGGCAGUGAUGAAUACCCACCCGUUGCAGUCACCAUUAAACAAGAAGAGGAGUUGUGCGUCGAGGAUCCGGAGAGUUUGGCUUCGCUUGCUGGGCACCCCGUGCUACUACAGUCUGUUGAAGAGGAAGAGGGACAGAAGACGCCAACAUCCUUGAUGGCCUGUCGGAAUGCUCUUCUGCACGAUGCCACAGAUGACCCCGAGCAGAAAGAAGCCUAUGUGAAAGGAUGCCUUGUUCAGUGUGGCAGAUGCACGAAGAACGCCGCGCACCAGGAGACCUUGACCGACCACCAGUAUAGCCGCAAGCGGAAAUUCCAGUGCACCGAAUGCAACCGGAGCUUUGCUUUUGAGGGGCAGCUGUCCCAACACUUGCUAAUCCACGUACCCGGGACACAGUUCCAUUGUACCGAAUGUAAUUUGUGUUUUUCGAGCCAAAAGGCGCUGACGGUGCACGAGCGUGUCCACGCAGUGGACUGGCCACUGCACUGUUCCGCGUGCAACCGGACAUUUUUGGAUACAGCAGCCUUUGACCAGCACCAGCUCUCUCACGCGCCAGGCCAGGUUUGCCGGUGUGUCGAGUGCAGCGUUUACUUUACCGAUCCAGCAGCUUUGGCCGAACACAAGCGAAUGCACUCAGAAGACUGGCCUUUCCGGUGUGCUCAGUGCGACCGAACUUUUGUCCAUGAGGGCUUACUGUUGGAACACCUUCAAAAUCAUAGCCGGACAAGGAGUCGCCGCUGCCAUAUCUGUGGCUCGUGGCUGUCUUACAAGGGGUUGCUGAAGCAUACUGGGGCCCAGUUGUAUCACUGCAAGAAGUGUAAUACUUCUUGCCAAGUUCAGGGGUCUGACACAGUGACUGUUAAAAAUGCCAAGAAGCCAGGCAAAGGUAGUUCUUAGCCCUCGUUAGGCAGUCUCCCGAGUAUAUAUAUAUAUAUAUAAAAAGAAAAUUCAGAUGCAAAGAUUAUUUUUGUGGAUUCCUCUUCUUUAAGGCAGUUAAGAAAAAGUAUGAAGGAAUGCACUUGGAUAUAUAUAUAUGGUGAUAGCAUGGGAGUCCUCCUCAUUCUCCAGGAUUAGGCAGCUCUGGAUUGGAAAGGAUGUUGUUGCUGUGGAAUAAGAAGAUCUCCUGCUCCUAUUAGCCAUGGAAUAUAGAGGAUGCUUCUUUUAACUUCUUACCUGCAGUCUCUGAAUCUCCCUUUCCCCCCCAGUACAUCCAAAUUUGAUUUUUCUUGUGAUCAGAUGGGCAGUGUCCUUUUGACCGUUGAGUUAAAUGUUGGAAAUGGCGACCUCUUAACAUUGUGUGAGGGCUGCUUUGCUAUCUGUAAAAUAGGUUUGCUUCUUAGGCAUGCAUAGGAGAGGAGCUUGUGGCGAUCGGACUGCUACUAUUGGCAUCCACUUAUCCAAGUCACCUUUUUGUUUUCGCUCUGAAGGCCCUCUCCAUACGAGGAUUCUUAUCACUUGGUCCGUCGGGACAUUCUCAUGAUAGAUUACCGUAACCACCGUAGAAAAAAAUGUUCCGAAAAGUUUCACAGGGGUCAGGUAGUAAAUGGUUGAAAAACAAGCUAUAAACUCAAUCUGGAUAUAUAAUCUCUGAAAUAUUUUCUGAUUUUGCUAUCGCACAUUUAUAAAUACUCAGUAUUCUUCCUAUGCUAUGUUUCCGCUUUCCUUGGUCUGAGCUUUUCCAUAUGUGUUAGACAACAGCAAAGUGGGCUGGAUGUAUGUGAUGUAAUUUCAACAUAUCCUGAGGAUUUCAGGUUGCAGAAGGUGGCUUUAUUUUUUUACUCCACAUCAGGAAGAAUAUAUUAGUUGUUUUCACUUCUGGAGUUGUUAUAUAUAUAUAUUUUUCCUGAAGCAGUCACUAAGAGGUUUCGAUUCAUUGUAUGCUAAAAGAUUAUACUGUGUGCUUAUUCCCCUCAUGAUUUUUUUUUUUUUGCUCUUAAUCCAUUAAUUUUCCUAAAGGCUGUUCCUCAUUUGAGAAAUAUACCAAACCAUACUUUUUUCAGGGUGAUGGUAGUUUGGUUGAUUCGGCUGAAGAAGCUGCUUUAUGGUAUGGAGGAAAAUCAGUCAACUUGCCUCCAUCAAGUACUUCAUUGCUUUUGUGAGUGUUUUUAAUAUUUGCUUCAUCAUUAAAAUGGUUACUUCCCUCC